UUCUGUCAGGUUCAGGUGAUCAGGUCUCAGAGCUUGAAGAGAGUGUUUCAAUGGAGAUAUCCAAUGGGCAUGUGAUUGAACUUAGUGUCGAGCAAGGAGAGCCAAUAUUGGUUCCUCCAGCAGAGGAGACACAGAAGGGUUUGUACUUCUUGUCAAACCUUGACCAGAAUAUUGCAGUGAUUGUUCGAACUAUUUACUGCUUCAAGUCUGAUGAGAAGGGGAAUGAGCAAGCAGGUCAAGUCAUCAAGGAUGCCUUGGCAAAAGUUCUUGUUCACUACUACCCACUUGCAGGGAGGCUCACAAUCAGUUCAGAGGGGAAGCUUAUUGUGGAUUGUACAGGGGAAGGUGCUGUUUUUGUUGAUGCAAAGGCAAACUGUACUAUGGAUGAGAUAGGGAACAUCACAAAACCUGACCCAGUAACCCUAAGUAAGCUGGUUUAUGACAUUCCUGGUGCAAAGAACAUACUUGAGAUUCCUCCUUUAGUGGCUCAGGUGACUAAGUUCAAGUGUGGAGGAUUUGUUCUUGGCCUAUGUCUGAACCACUGUAUGUUUGAUGGGAUUGGGGCUAUGGAGUUUGUGAAUUCAUGGGGUGAAACUGCCAGAGGUUUGCAGCUAAGUGUUCCACCUUACCUUAACAGAAGCAUCCUAAAAGCCCGGGACCUACCAAAGAUAGAGUUUGCUCACCAUGAAUUUGCAGAAAUAGAAGAUAUAUCAAACACUGCCAACCUUUACCAGGAAGAAAUGCUCUAUAAGUCCUUCUCUUUUGACUCUGAUAAACUUGAACAACUGAAGAUGAAUGUCAUGAAAGAAGGAAUUCUGGAGAAGUGCACUACUUUUGAAGCUCUCUCUGCAUUUGUAUGGAGAGCACGUAGCCAAGCACUAAAAUUGAAGCCUGAACAACAGACAAAGCUUCUUUUUGCUGUGGAUGGAAGGUCUAGAUUUGAUCCACCAUUACCAAAGGGGUACUUUGGGAAUGGAAUUGUGUUAACAAAUUCUCUAUGCUGUGCAGGUGAGCUACUGGAUAACCAACUAUCAUAUACGGUUGGGUUAGUUCAGAAAGCAGUGCAGAUGGUGAGUGAUGGGUAUAUGAGAUCAGCCAUUGAUUAUUUUGAAAUAACAAGAACUAGGCCUUCUUUGGCAGCUACCCUUUUGAUAACUACCUGGUCUAGGCUCUCUUUCCACAUCACAGAUUUUGGAUGGGGAGAACCUCUUCUAUCAGGGCCUGUUGCACUGCCUGAGAAGGAAGUGAUCUUGUUCCUAUCUCAUGGAAAAGAGAGGAAAGGCAUAAAUGUUCUACUUGGGUUGCCUGCCUCUGCUAUGAAGAUCUUCCAAGAAAUUAUGCAAAUUUGAUAAAAGAUAACAUUUUCUGAAAACUUCUUUUGU